GGAGAUACUCUUAAUGAUCGGCUAUGAAAAGCCAACUGACAUUUACUCCUGAGGUGCUGACUUGCUUCACCCCCGACAACUAUUGUGUUUAUUAUUAUUUCACCAUGCUGGUCAUUUAUGAACAUUUGAACAUCUUGGCCAUGUUCUGUUAUAAUCUCCAGUCUAACCCAGCCUAAAACCUCAAACAGCAAGCAAUGCAGGUGUAGAAGCACAGUGGCUAGGAAAAACUCCCUAGAAAGGCCAAAACCUAGGAAGAAACCUAGAGAGGAACCAGGCUAUGUGGGGUGGCCAGUCCUCUUCUGGCUGUGCCGGGUGGAGAUUAUAACAGAACAUGGCCAAGAUGUUCAAAUGUUCAUAAAUGACCAGCAUGGUCGAAUAAUAAUGAGGCAGAACAGUUGAAACUGGAGCAGCAGCACGGUCAGGUGGACUGGGGACAGCAAGGAGUCAUCAUGUCAGGUAGUCCUGGGGCAUGGUCCUAGGGCUCAGGUCCUCCGAGAGAGAGAACGAAAGAGAGAAUUAAAGAGAGCAUAUGUGGGGUGGCCAGUCCUCUUCUGGCUGUGCCAGGUAGAGAUUAUAACAGAACAUGGCCAAGAUGUUCAAAUGUUCAUAAAUGACCAGCAUGGUCGAAUAAUAAUAAGGCAGAACAGUUGAAACUGGAGCAGCAGCACGGCCAGGUGGACUGGGGAAAUGUCAGGUAAUCCUGGGGCAUGGUCCUAGGGCUCAGGUCCUCCGAGAGAGAGAAAGAAAGAGAGAAGGAGAGAAUUAGAGAAGAAUGCACACUUACAUUCACACAGGACACCGAAUAGGACAGGAGAAGUACUCCAGAUAUAACAAACUGACCCUAGCCCCCCGACACAUAAACUACUGCAGCAUAAAUACUGAGACAGGAGGCUGAGACAGGAGGGGUCAGGAGACACUGUGGCCCCAUCCGAGGACACCACCGGACAGGGCCAAACAGGGUUUAAACGAAGAUGAUCCACGUGAUCAUCAAAGUUUGGAAGGUCAAGUCCAGAAAAUUAAGAAUGAUAUCCUGGGUUUAAACUAUCCAGAAGAUAGUGAAGUGAAGGAUCCCCUGCCUCAGACUGAGCUGAAGGCUGUGACAAGGAGAAAAGUUAAGACCAAGAGGAGGACCAGUGCCAACAGGUCCACUGUUGAACAGAGCACUGAUACUGAUGCAGCCGAGAUAGAUUUUGUUGAUAAUCAGAGUGAUGAAGAUGAGGAUAAGGUGAAGAAGGAUCCCCUGCCUCAGAUGGAGCAGGAUGCCGUGAAGAGAAAUAAAGUCAAGACCAAGAGGACCAAGAGAAACAAAGUGGAGCAGAUCACUGAUACAGAUGCAGGUCCCUCUACAUCUGUGGAAUUUUCUGGGAUGACAAUUCAGGGGACAUCUCACGAGGGACAAUCUAAUGAAAAGAUCCUGAGUGAGUGUGUCUCCAGGGCCUGUCAGACCAGGGCUCUUGACCUCCCGCCAAUCGAUCCGGAUGCUUUCAACCCGAUUAUCAUCCGGUUUCUGGAAAAACUUACUGAGGAGCAAUGGAGGCAUUUAAACAUUGGCAGGAUGGACCCUGUGAUGAGGGCAUUGCUUGCAGAGAUGUGCCUGGAGAUUGUGCGGUUUGUAUCUGAGGCCAUCCUGGAGGUCAUCAUCCCUGCAAUUUUCCGUUUUGUACGGAUAUACAGCCAUGUGUCUCCAGUAUCCGGCAAGUCUCUGACAGAAUCAGAGAGAUCCUCUAGCACAAGCCUGAAGGUUUACAAGAGAGGCAGCAGCAAAUCCUCAAGGUCUUGCACGGCCAAAUCAAGCUCCUCUCGCAAUGGGUCUCAGACAGUGUUGCCAAAUACUCAGGGAGAUCGUGAGUCUAUAUCAUCUGAGCCACUCAGGGACUUUUUUGGGAUCACUGAGGACAGUCUCCUCACUGGUGUCCAGGAUUCCUUCAAAGAGUCGCUGAACAAUGUCCUCUGUAUCCAAAGAGAGGGCCAGGUAGACACUCAAAGUCUAUCCCGGGUUAUUGUUGGAGAAGUGUCAAAGAAGGUCAAUUCCAUAAUCUCUGUGGCCAUCCAAACUCCCAUCUCUGGCCAAAUGUCCCCUGUCAUUUUUGCCAGUGGUGGUGUCUCCAGAACCAAGGUUGUUGAGGAGAUGGUGUCUCUCGUUUCCAACAUACUUCAGAUGUAUAUUAAUGGGAAGAGUGUUGAGCAGAGUGUUGUUCUCAGAGAGGAUGGUGUUGAGGAGGUUCAGACCAAGGCCACUGAAUCGAUCCGGGAGAUUGUUAAAAGAUUCAGGGGUUGUACAUCAUGUUGUUCUGGCACUACAUCAUCUAGUCCAACUCCUAGGAUAGGUGAGAUCAGAGACCUUAUGAUUGACCCUGAGGGCUCUGAGUUGGUAAGUACCUUUGUUUCAGACAUGGACAAUCUUACCCAGUUUAUCAGGGCAUCCUGCUCUCCUGCACAGAGUGAGCAGAUCCUUCUUGAAAACCAUCAGAGUAAGAUCUGGUCUUACACUGUUGGCUGUUACUACGACAUGAAAAAUAUGCUGAAGAGGAUUCUUACCUGUCCAGAAAAAGGGGAUCUCGCAAGUACAUUUGUGAAGAGCACAAAAGAUUCUUUCACAAUGGUUCCAACUUUUUGCCUGGACUUCGAUCAUUCCAGUAAUGGUGAGGCUGACACAUCGGACUCCAUUUCUUGUAAACCACUUUUAAUAACCCCCUCAUCUAUGAAUAAACAAAAAGGACAAAGUGAGACCCCAAAACCUCUCAAAAAGUAUUUGCAAGACCAAGUCCUCCUUGACACCACAAAAGCGAUUGCCAGCCAGGUUCUAGUGUUGUAUAAGACUGAGGUGAUGGAGAAGUUCUCAUCUUCUGUUGGAGAGUGUGAUUCUGAAGAGUCUCUGGAGGCCAUUCUAUUUGUGGAUGGCAUCAUGUCUGACUUGAAUGAUUUCACCAGUUCUUGUUCCCCCUCACCAUCUGAGUUGUUAGACAGUGAACAAUAUCUCUCCCAUCUCACUUUUCCACUUGGUCUGCAGGGCAGCACCACCAACAUUGAAUCUACCCAGAAUCUUCCAGUUAUAAAUAUGAAGAAACUCUCCAGUGUGUCUUUCCAGACAAAGGCUAGAAAGGCAGUGAGUGAAGCUCUGAGAUCUAUCAACCCCUUUACAAACAGCUUACUGGGAGACUCUGAAGCAUCUAAAUUGCUGGACACUUUUGUAACAGAUGUGGAGACUGUUGUUCAGUCCAUGCAGGCACAUGAAUCUGAACAUUUCCAAAUUUCAAAAGUGAGCACCCUUUCUGCUGCUCGUAUUAUAUACCAUAGAUUUCGAGAAAUGCUGAGGCGGUUUCUCAUUCCCUGCCAAGACAAUGUAAAGGUCAUCGAUGGUGUUACACCAAUACAUGAUGACACUCUCAAACAGGCUCCGAGUGAAAGUUUAGAUUCUCAGGUGACUUGUAAUAGUGAUUCUCUUGAAAUCCAAGCGGACCUUCAAGCCUGUACCAAGGAGGUCAUUAGUCAAAUCCUCACUGUGUAUCACUCUGAGGAAUCCAUGGAGGAAUGCUUCUCUAGCCUAAAAGGAGAUACAGAAGACCUGUCCAAGCUUUUGGAUGCCGUUGUUUCUCAGAUUGACGUCCUUGCCGCCUCCAAAUCAUAUUUAUCUGUUGAUGACUAUGCUGUCAAUACACAGGACAAUUUGCAUGGUGAGAUCAACAAUGAUGAGGAGGAGGCAUCCUCUAGAAGUCUUAAAUCCACAGCCCUUGACAAACUAUGUACUGAGGAGUUUCAAACUAAAGCCUCACAUAUGGCUGGUGGGAUCCUUCAAUCAGGGUUAAUUGGCAUUGUAAAUACCAGCCUUGAUGGUAGAAGUGCAGACAUUUGUGCAGAGUCCAGUAAUGAUGGUGAUGAUAGAGAUGUCAAAAUCCUUCAGAAGAGUGGAACUCCACCUUUGUUCACCUCUUCUCUGCACACCAAUUCUGCAGCAUCCAACAUCGUCAUAAGCAUCACGAAAGACCUUAAUAGCUUCACCCAGAUGACUAAAAUGUCUGAUGCGUCAGUGUCUGGCCAGUUAGAGAGAUCCCUGUCAGCUUCAACCCUUCCUGUCAGUGUUCACAACGGGGCCAAUGUGAAAGGAAAGAUCAUUUGGCCAGGCACUGUUAACCUGUUCAACAAUGUGUUCACCAAGGUCAAGGAUUUUUUUGCCCAGCAACAACCGGUCCUCCUAGACAAUGUGGUUGAGGCCCCCAAACAUGUCGAAUCCGUAUGCAGAACAGCUACUUCUACACAAAUGACUUACAGUGAACAUGAAGGCAGCCAGACCAGCAUGGUAAAUUAUUCCAAAGCCUUAAUUAGUCAGACUCUGAUGACAAUCCAGAGGAGAGUGUCUAUGUCAGAGAGGAUGAGCACUUCAGAGAAAGGCCUCUUGACUCGUUCCAUUGUGGGCUCCAUGUUGGAGGAUGUUGACAUGGUGAGAACUGAUGGACACGAGAUACACCGGCCAUCCUCCUCAAAGUCCUCCCUGUCCAUCACCUCUGCCAUGACCAGAGGGUCUCAGAGUGAUUUUACAAAUUCUCUUCCAGGCACUCCAGUCCCCAAUGACUGGCCUGUUGAAAUCUAUUGUCCUAUCAUUAGGAGUUCGGUCAUUGAUAUGAGUGACUCCUCAACUCAUUCACAAGGGUCAACAAAUUACACAAGGCAAACCAUCUCUGCCAUAGUUGACACUGUUAUGGAGGUCAUUCCAAGAGAAGAUACAGAACACAUAGCCACUGCAGAUGAUGUCACUUCUUUUACAAGAAGACUUGCGAGACUCAGCCCCAGGGACAGUCUUCAGAACUUCUCACAUGAGCUCACUGACAAAGUUUAUGAGCUCAUAAAAAGUCACAACACCCCCCAGGCUCUUUUUGUGCCAGCUGGCAAGAGCGUGUCUGACUCUAUUCUUUUGAAGCUGAAGACAGGAUUGAAUGCUUCUGAAGAAUCCAGGGAGUUUCCAUCUGACCUUGUGUACUCCUUUACUACGGAGUCAAUAAAACGUCUGCUACAGCAGAUUGUCUUCUGGCCGCCUCCACCAUCACAAGGAUCCGAUUUCUGCCAAACUAUCAUCUCUGAUGGCUCUCUGCAGGAAACAAGUCGGCUUAUGCCGAGCUCUUCUUCCAUCUCCAUUAGUUCCUCACAGGUUUUCUGUGACACAAAGAGUAUUUUCACCAAUAUAAUGGUCAAUCAGGUCAUGGAUACCUGUUCUGUGGUCUCCAAUUCAUCAGAAGAAUUAUCAGAGUUGAUGAACAUAAUCAAUGGGUUGUCCCCAACUGAUCCUGGAACACUUGACUCUGACAGACCGGCUCUCAUGACCACUAGCCGUCAGUCUAGUUCCAAAUCAUUGCCUAGACCCUCUCUGUCUGGCAGCAGCACACACAACGGUGGAACUGUGGAUAUUCAAGUUUUAGGAGAGGUGGAAUCCAAGAUGGACAACAAAGAUCUGGAGAUGUCUAGUGUCUCUGUGCAUCCAUCAACUCCAUCAGCCGUGGACUCUGAUACACAUGCAUCAUUUGACUCCACUAGCAAUGACUACACCUCUUUGGUACUUUUACUGAUUGUUAGAUUGCUGUCAAUGAUCACCCCUAUCACAUUACUGGAAUCCUCUGACAUUGGUGAAACAUCAAGAGUUCUCACAAAGAGGAUUCUGUCUGAGUUCUGUGGCACCUCAGGCCUUGAACCAACUCAAGCCUACCCCCAGAAUCUGAAAAUCAAAAAGAUUUUCAAGGCUGUCUACAUGGGGCUUCUUCAAGAAUUCGGGUCAGAGAAGAUGCUCCAGGUUGCAAUGAAGUCAACGGAUUAUGCAUUUGACGAUGCCCUGGUCAAAUCAUUAACGAGGGAACUACUAAUUAAAUGCAAUGAGGCGAGCUCUUCACCUCCCUCCAUGACACAGUUGUCAUCACACAAUGCACUUGGCAGUGACGAGGUAGGUAAUUCUGGGCUUCCAACAACUGGUAUAAAGGAAAAGAAGAGAGGAAGAUUCAGCGCUCUCUGUGGACUCAAUCCAAAGUGUACAAAGAAGGUCAACAAGAAGAACCACUGCACUCCAACACCUUCCCAGAACCAGACCCCUGCCGUCAGUGAAACAGGCGCAGCAGCACACUGGCCUCCAAAGCCUGCAAAAUAAUCGCCGGACUGCCCCUUUCCUAGCUCUGCAUGGAUCGACCGCACAGAGUCAAAAGCAGCAGCCCGGGAGAAAGGGAUGUGAGGGGAAGGGUCCUUUAACAUGCAGGAGAGCUUCUCCACUACGGCCGCCACCAUGCCCACGGCCAUCCCACUUAUAAGGAUUGGGUGCUCUGAAUGGCCUUCCUCUGGCUGAAGCCACAGGGCCAGGAGGAGCCUGGGCACCACCUCCACCACCACCUGAGAUGGGCUGAGCAGGUUGCUACGGGGCUCAUUGGACUGCUUGCCCAGAAUGCUCCUCACAGCUCUUUUCGACGAUGCUGUGGACCUUAGGAUCGCUGAAAUCAACAAAAAGGAGAAGACAACGCUAAACGAUGUGCAAUGUGCUCACAGAGAACACUGUCUUAGUCUGUUUCUGCGUAGUUCCAGAUGUGUAGAUACAUGGAUCAAGUCAUAUGCAGGGCAGUACAUGGAACUCACAUGUCAGCUGGCGAGGUGGGGUGCAUGGAGGGGCGGAGCUUGCAGAAAGCCUCGUGCUCUAUGUUCAUCAUUUUUAGGCAAGUGUUUACUUCCCAGGCCUGAAGUAUGAAACAGGAAGUCCCAUUAGUGUAAUUUCACAACAGAUCUAUUCUGCUGUGCUAACUCGUUGUUGAAAGGCUAGUAGAGCUCACUAACUUGUAGUAUGUCUCUAACUCUCAUUCUCUUACCAGCCGAGCGAGGUCGUUUCCCUCCUCCAGGGUUUCAUUCCACACCCUUCAAAUAAAACACAGAGCAAUUCAACUUUCAUGGCUUCUGAUUUUUCUGUUGUUUAUUUUACCCACAUCUCCUGGAGUGCUGCUGGUGGCAGGGAAUGGCAGUGAAGGUGAGUGCUGACGUGGUACUCACCUCUCCCUAAGGGAUUUUUUGCCCUGAGACACCAGCCAGUUGCUCAUGCGCUCCGUGGUGACAUGGGGCGGGACCUGGCCUUGACUCUGGAGCAGCAGAUAAUGGACCAUAAGCUUCUUCUGCA